GACUGCUGUCUAUUAAUUUUUUAGCUACGAUUCUGAGGUCAUAGAUAUCAGGCAUUCAAAAGAAAACACCAACAACACAACCUUUGGAUUUCUUCUGCGACAGGAUUUCACCCUGCUCUUCAUCUCAAAUCGACUCCAUUCUGCGAUUCUUUUCGCUAAAGAACUUUAAUUGUUGAAGAAUAGCCAGACGCACACGCUCUCAUUAUCAAACUUUCGGUUCAUUCUCACCCUUGCUGUGAAGCACAAGAUACAGCUGAGAAACGGCACCAACGUUGUGUUUGGCAAGUCAAUUCAUCGACUUUCUGCAAUGUCUCUUCUUGAAGAUACAAGUAUGAAGGCACACCGCUAUACAAUUGAUCAGUUGCUUGAUCUGAAGAAAUCCCUUCCAUUCGUUUCUUGUGUGAUCAAUAACAUAAACAAGCACCCUGACAUUGCUGCCAUAUUUACCCUUCCUGAGCAAGCUUUCCGAAAUCCCCAUACUUACACUUGUUUGACCACAAUCCUCUCAAAACGACAUAAAUACAUACGUCCUGAAGGAACAACUCGUCGUGGAGAAUCAUCUUCUUCCUCAUCUCAAUCAAUGCGCAGCCAAGGCAGUUGGUGUUUACGUCAAAAUACCAACUCUGAAUCACGCCGUACCUUUGACAAUCAGAUACAACCACAUUCUGCGCCGACUAGCGUGGCUUUGCAUCAGGCCGAGAACUUUCGAAGAUUCUAUAGGGCCGUUGUUUCUCCAACUCACGUAAGAGUUACUGCUGGUGGUCGCAUAGUUCCAAACACUAGAGCAAUGGCACCGCCAUCAUUCGAGCCCAUUGGCAACAAGCACACAUCCGAGUCUACCCAGCAAACCAACGAGACUGAACAAAUUGAUCACAGCAGAGCUGCAAAUAGCAUUACUGGUGACGCUCAACCAUCUUUGAUUCCUGUUGGAGCGCAAGGCCCUCCAGGAUUUCAUCCUGUCUUUCCUGGUUCUUUCCUACCAUCUUAUGGCUAUUUCCAGCAAGGCGCACCGAGUGUGUCGGGCCAAACAUUUAGUCACCCAGGCCACUCACAGCCUCUCCAUCAAAGCGCCAAUGGUAGCGAUAGCAUUAAUAGCUCUUUGCAUCCAGUCAGAGUCUCUCACCCUGGCCAAUUUGAUCCCAAUCGUCCAUACAUGAUGGUCAAUAAUCAGUUGUGUUUCCCUACCUCGGGAUUUCCUCAACCUCCCAGCGGAUUUCCUUCGGGCUUGGUGGGAAACCAGCCAUUCGGUCCUCCUAUGCUAGGCGGCCCUCCAGGACACCACAUGCCGCAUCCAAUGCUUGGUCCUAUUCCAUUUCCAAUAUCUCCAGGAAACUUUCCGGUACCCAUGAUGCAACAUCCCAAUGGACAAUUUUUCUCAAUGAUGCCACAACAAGCUCACAUUCAGCAAGCUUCAAUGGCGCCGAUACUCCCACUGCAAUCAACCUCCAUUGAGCAGACUCUUCAGCAACAUAGAGAUCAUCUCAUGAUGCUUGAAGAUCACAUCUCCCGUCAAUCGCUACAAUCAGUUCCUUACUGGGUAACUCAACGCCAGGUUCUUAUGGGAGAGAUUGCGAGAAUGACGAAUUUGCUUCAAUCUGAGCCCAACCAAUCAGGCAGUACCCAAACUGAACAAGCGAAAUCUCAAACCUCUAUCGAUGCUGAAAGCUCACUUGAUACUUCAUCUAACAAGAAUGGCGUUCGAAGUCCAGUCAUUGUCAGCUCUAGUCCAAGCACCACUUUACGUAGUCAGGAGCCCUCCGUCGCUUAUGCAAACUCAUCAACCACGCGCAGUCUUGAUUCUCCAUCCAUUCCGCGAGCUUCCACCACUAAGCUUGGAUCUGGUUCUCGAUUGCCUGCUACAGCAGCAAUGGCCCCACCAUUCCAACCCCGUGGCUGCCGUACAGAUCUUAGUGCUGCUGAAUGGGAGGAAUUUGCAAGAGUUACAGAUCCUCGUCCGGGAGGCCAAACAUCACCACCAGCAACACCGGAAAACACUGCUCAGAGAUUAGCUCGGCUUAUGGGAAAUUGUCAGACUCGUUGGGAAGACUCUGCCGCUGGCUCAAGCAUGAUCAGCAUGCCAAGAUCCCAGACAAUGCCCGUACCUCAAUUGCAAACCCAUGCAGCAUCCUUCCCAAGUUUCCAGAGAGCUGAGACACACCCUAACCCUGUUUCACAGAUGGCACAGAUGUCUUGUGGCCCUACUAUGAAUUCACAAAAUACAGGUCUCCGACCAUACGCUCGAGUAAAUACUCAAAGCUAUGAUCCAGAGAGGUAUAUUGCCCAAAAAGAAUACUUUGGCAAUUUGGCAAGCAAUAAUUCAAAUAGCGGUUCUACUCGUCAAGCCCCAAGAUUUGAUAUUGGUAGGCAGACACUUGUACAAACUUCACCUGCCCAAGGUAAUGAUAACAAUCAGACGACGUUCAAUACGGAAGAUUAUCUCAAUAAAUGUCAAUCAAUAUUUCUCAAUGAAAUCACUGAGUCGGGUUCAACAAAAUAUACAUCACCAUGGUCCAGUCCAAUGCGAAACUCUGCUAGUCACAAUGCUCUGGACACAAAGUCGAGAGCCGGCAGAUCAAUGCCACCAUUUAGUUUGACUACGCAAUCUCCCGCUAAUGAGUCUUCUAUCAGCGCUCGUGAGAAUCUGUCUCUCGAAUUUAUCAAAACACCACGUAAGAUUUCUGCUGACGCUGAAGGACUUGAGAUUCUCUCGGGUUUUUUUGCCAAGACUCCCGAAGAAAACAUGGACACAGGCAAAAAGUCUGCAGUACUUCAGGGACCUCAACAUGAUAUGCCUGUAGCUUUACACAGCCCUUAUAUUGAACAGGUUGCAGACCCCGCCAGUGUACACUCGUCAGCUCGCGAGGAUCUUGGUGUUAUUUCUGAAUCGGAGGGUCAAUUCCCAUCAACACCCACUUAUCACUCCAAUCAAGCUACAAGUCCUUCUAUUGAUCGUCACUAUACAUCUGAAGAUCUGGCUCUUGUCUUUUCUUCCGAUGAAACUCAUGAAUCGACACCAAAACGAGUUACAAGACACGCUAGUACUCCAUCCUUGACACGCAGAGAUCUUGGUAUUAUUUUUGACUCGAAUGAAUCAGCUGCAGCAGAUUCCUACAAGACUGAAAAGAAUUCAACAACUUCCGCCAUCAAUUCUCAAACGUUUGAAGAUUCACGCAGUGCACCUCCAUUAAAUAGUCUACAUGCACCGGCACCUAACCAAGUCCCAAUUCCUACUGGUACUGAGCCAUUAAAUCGUCAAGACCUCGGGGAUAUCUUUGCAUCGACUUCUCCACAAGUCGCAUCAUCUUACAAGACUGAAGAGGCUUCCAAUGUUAGACUGCACACAUCUGAACAUUUGGGUAACAUUUUUGCAUCGAAGUCGCCAAUCAGAGGCAGACCAGGUACUCUCACACCAACAUAUAUGAAUGGGGACGAUGUCGAUGAUAAUAAGAGUAUUGGGUCUUGGACUCGACGCGCAGAUCAUCGUACUUCGACAAGUAAUCCAAGUAAUCAGUCAUGUAAUGAGAAGGAGAAUUUGAUUGUCACCCCUUCAGCUCAAGAUGGUUCUCCAAAGAGCAAAUCUAGUUUCGUUGAACUCAUCAGAACUACAAGCAGUGCUGUGCAAAAGAAUCAAAUUUUGAAGAACUUGCUGAAUCUUCAACCUGCAACUCAUUCAGCCAUUGCUGCGCCUGCUCAUGUUUCUUCGGCUAAUGCUCAAGGUAUUGUUCCUCUCCAAAAUCGCGGCUCGGCAGCAGCAUCUCUGGCUCCUGCUAUGGUCAGCAUGGCAUGUAUCAGUAAAUCUCCAGCGGUUGCCUCACCCCGGAGUAUUGCUAGUCCAAGCACGCCAGAGAACCGCUCACGUAUUGGUCGUGGUCAAUCUUUCCAUCGCUCUCCAGAGCAUCUGGGAAAUGAGGACUAUCUUGAUUGCCUGAAAGAAAUUGCCCGCCAUACGUCUAUCAAGCGACGUCAAGCAGAACUACAAUGAUUUGGUUUUGUGACAUCUUGUCUUCCACUCUAGGGUUUCAUAUUCACAAAUUAUGCCACAGCUGUAAUUUCCUCAUCUGCUUAGCAUGCUUUUCAAGGAAUCCAUCAGAUGUUAAAGGCCAUGUUGUACCAAACAUGCGCUUUCUUGUAUUAAUGGCACGUUUGCACUUGAUAUCAAAAUAGCUGGACUUGUAUCAGAGGGUUUAAACCCACUUAUGCUAGUAUUAGCCUUUCGUAUCUUUGCACCUUUACCGUUUACACUAUUGCCUUUUGUUUUAAUUAUUUUGCCACACAAGUUUCUUUUUGUAGGAUUAUUUGGGCACUGAGCAUUACGUUUUCUCAAUAUGGGAUAUUGCUUUCUUUCUCAUAAUUCAUAUGAGUUUGGCGGAUAGUUUUAUGAGUGGUAUGGUGGGCAAGAAUCAAGGGAAAACGUGGACAAUAUGAUCGGGCA